CUGAGUUAUUACGUCUGAAUGUGUCACUGGCAGCGUGCUAGGGCGAGUCUUCUACCACUGCAGACAUCGUCGAAAAUGCAGCCCGAGAUGCGCAUCAUUAUGAAAACAAAUCAUGUUUAUGUCGCUUGUUGGGAUGGGACAUUCUCCGGUUUCUGAUCGCUCACCAGAGUGCCCGCCGUGACUUCACACGAACCAGAGACCCCCAACACAAAAACACACACCCACAAACACACAGACACACACACACACACAAACACACACACAAACACACAGACACACAAACGGACAAACACUCAAAGGCGAAUCAAAGGGCUUGUGGUUCUCGGUGCAUAUCCGACCCCACUAAAGCUCUCGGUCUGCUGGAUCUCGGAGCUCCUCAUUAAGGCCUGACGAGUCUCCCCGCCCGCUCCACCACCACCACCCACCGCCCCACCCGUCAUGGCGGGUCGGGACGGCAGCCCCGCGGCACCGCCCGUGGUCCGUGUACCGCGCCAACACCUUUGACCUCUCCGCUGAGAUGAUGGGCCUCACGCUGGCAGGCAACAGUCAGGACCCGGAUGAGCCUGUUCUGGAGUUCAGUCUGGCCUGCAGUGAGCUGGUGACCCCUGCUCUGGAGCGUAAGCCCACCAGCUUUGUGGCCGUCAGCUGCACCACCCCCUCCCCAGGCCUUCUGGACCAAGCACACCCAGACGGAGAUCAUUGAGGGCACCAGCAACCCCAUCUACCUGAGCAGCGUAGCGUUUUUCCAGGACUCCCAGGUCACUCAGCAGACUCAGGUGAAGCUGUCUGUGUACGACGUGAAGGACCGUUCCCAGGGCACCAUGUACAUGCUAGGUUCCGCCAUGUUCUCUGUGAAGGAGCUACUGCAGGACAAGCACCAUCGUCUGCAUCUGACCCUCAGGUCGGUGGAGAAAGAACGCAUUGGAAACAUCACCAUCAUCGCCUGGCAGAUCGAGGAGAAUCGGGAACAGAGGGCUCCCGUUGCCAGGUUACAGAGGAGCGACACCGUAAACGGACGGAUGGUGCUUCCAGUGGACGAGAGUCUGACUCAGUCCACAGCCAUCAAGUCCAAGUCUGCGUCUCUGUGUAAAGACCCGCUGUUGAAGGCUGUGUUCGGGGGUGUCAUGUCGCGGAUGUACCGCUUCCCCACCACCGACGGGAACCACCUGCGCGUCCUGGAGCAGAUGGCAGAGAGCGUUCUCUCCCUGCACAUCCCACGGCAGUUUGUCAAACUGCUGCUGGAGGAAGACGCGGUCCGGGUGUGUGAGCUGGAGGAGCUGGGGGAGCUGUCUCCGUGCUGGGAGAACCUCCGCAGGGAGAUAAUCACUCAGUACCAGACCAUCAUCCUCACCUACCAGGACACCAUCAGCGAUCUGCACGAGUACAGGGGUCCCUCAUUUAAAUCCAGCACCUUGAAAGCCGAGAAGAAGUUAGAGUUCAUCCCCACUAACCUGCACAUCCAGAGAAUGAGGGUUCAGGGGGAGACUGGCUACGACAAGACGUACGACAUCGUGACCCUGGGGGCUCCGGCAGCCCACCACCAGGGCUUCAAGACCUGUGGCCUCCGCAGGAUGGUGCAGAAGCUGGAGGAGGCCAGGAGACAUGCUGCUGGCUUCAGUUCCAAGCCGACUCACUACCAGCCACAGGAUGUGGUGCGAGCGAAGGAUCUGAUUGGUCAGAUCACCACGCUGAAGACUCAGGUGUGUUACUACACAGAGCGCCUGUCCCGCUCCGCCAAGGAUCGCUCAGCUAACGCUCUGGAGCGGACCCUAGCCAUCCUCUCUGAGAAGACUCGCCAGUUGGUGACGGUCUGUGACUGCAAGCUCCUUUCCUCUGCCAUCUUAGCUCUGGCCGCCGCCCGGCCAGAGUUCGCCCGGCAGGGUUCUCCUUCGCCUUCCGCGUCCUCCCUUUCUCCCUCCUCCUCCACCCACUCCCCGUCCCGCUCCCCUUCCUCCCGCCAGCCCCACUCCCCUUCCUUCCGCCAACCCCCCUCCCCGUCUCGCCAGGGCAGCUCGCCCUCCCGCCACUCAUACCCAGAGGGACCUGAGGGAAGUAAAAACAAGCGCGCCUCCUUACACGUUGAAUGGCAUGAGGAAGAGUGGGAAAAGGUUUGGAUGAACGUAAACAAGAGCCUGGAGUGUGUGAUCCAGCGGGUGACCAGACUUCUGCAGAGGGCCAACACAAUACAGAGUGACAGCAGCUCUGAAGACGUCUUCCUGCUCUCUAGUGAAGAGCUGGGCAGUGCCAGCAAGAAAGGUAUCCAUAGCAACCAAGAAGUGUUCUGGAUACACCCUGGGCGUAGUGAGAGGGAACUCCCAUCAUCAUUGCCAUCAUCCUCAUCCUCAUCACUCUCAACCUCAUCAUUGCGUCAUCAUCUUUCAUCCAAACCAUCGUUCUCCCAUCAGAGUACUGCAUGCCUGUUACGCCCAUUGGGUCAGAGGAAUUGCAACCCGGAAGUAGAAAAAUCAUCCCCAGGCGAGUGGAGCGAGGCCCUGUACCCUCUGCUCAGCACGCUGACCGACUGUGUGUCCCUGAUGAGCGACAAGGCCCGGAAGGCCAUGGUGUUCCUGCUGAUGCAGGACAACGCUCCCACCAUCGGUCUGAGCCUCACCAUGCAGUACCGCCGCGACGUGGUCUUCUGCCAGACGCUGACGGCUCUGAUCUGUGGCUUUGUGGUGAAGUUGAGGAAUUCUCUGUGCGACGACGGCUUCCUCAGGCAGCUCCACACCAUAGGCCUCCUGGCGCAGUAUGAGGUCCUACUCAGCACCCACGGGGAGGAGCUGGCCAUGCUGGAGGACAUGAGCGUGGGCGUGCUGGACCUGAGGAACGUCACCUUCAAGGUGACCCAGGCCACGUCGGCCUUCGCCCCGGACAUGAUGCCGGUCAUCACGGGCAACCGGAACGGCUUCAACGUCAGGGUGCCCAUAGCGGGGGCCAUGUUCGACGCGUUGCCGCGGGAGAUCCAGAACGGGAUGCUGCUGCGCGUGCAGCCGGUGCUGUUCAACGUGGGGAUCAACGAGCAGCAGACGCUGGCUGAAAAGUUCGGAGACACCUCACUACAGGAGGGGAUCAACCUGGAGAGCUUGGCCCGGCUCAGCUCCUACUACGACCAGUUCAAAGAGGUCCUGCCGGAGGACUGCCUGCCCCGCUCUCGUAACACCACCAGUCUGAGUGAGCUGCUGAAGGUACUCGGCCAGAAUAUCAACGCCCGGAAGAGCAAGAACGUGGACAUUCUCUGGCAAGCAGCAGAGGCGUGUCGUCGUCUGAAUGGCGUGCGUUUCACCAGCUGCAAGAGUGCCAAGGACCGCACGGCCAUGUCCCUCACCCUGGAGCAGUGCCAGGUGCUCCAGCAGGAGCACGGCCUGGCCCCGCAGGUCUUCUACCAGGCCCUGGACUGCAUGCGCAGUGAGGGCUGCAGGAGGGAGAACACUAUGAAGAACGUGGGAUGUCGGAAAUAUGCCUUUAACUCUCUCCAGCUGAAGGCCUUCCCUAAGCAGUACCGCCCACCUGAGGGAACGUACGGCAAAGUAGAGACCUAAGGGGAUGUUUUUUAUUAGAGUCGAUGCGGAGGCGGAGGUCAAUGGCACAACACAAACUAUUUAAGAACACCUCACACAAAAUGGAAACACUUGGGUAUUGUGCUUAGUCAGUUUUAUAAGGUCAAAGUUGAAAUGGCAGUAAUACUGUUCGACUGAUUAUUCUAUUGCAGCGCCCCAACCUCCCUGUAGUUACAACCGGAACAUUCCUUCCUAUAUACUGAUAACAACAAGCAACACUAUUCAGAGAUGUAGCUUUCUGCAUGACAUAGCAGCAGUAGCAACAUCUGGGAAUCAUUCUAAAUUCAAGGGUUUAUUUAUUUCACUACUUCUGUAGAUGCCUCAUCUCAACAUGACAUGAAACAAUAGCUUGGACACAGUAGUUGUCUAAUGAUGUACAAUAACAAAACAACAAAUGGCUUUUAUCUCAUUUUAGUAAAGUGUUUCUGUUAGGGAGGGCCAUAUGGAAAAUUGUGUACAUGUCAUGGUUCAUUUUAGCCUUAGUUUAAGUUUUGUUUUGGAGCUUUCUUUCCUUUAACAUGAACUUUUCUGAAAAUCUCUCUCUGUCUCUCUAAUUAGCACCUAUAGCAUGACUUAUGUCUGAUAUUUUCUGAUACUUGAAGCCUCAUGCUAUGAAGCCACCCUCUUUGAAUGACAUCCUCAUACAAUGUGACAUCUGAGAACUUCAAACAUAGACAGAGAUGGUCAUAUUAUCACAGGUUAACGUGCAGUGGGGACUUUACAAUAAUUUCAACAGAAAGAUGUUUUGAAAUCAGAAUGAUAACUAAUAAUUUAUUAAUAAUGGGAAUUGGAAUUGGAAUAUUCUUUUUAAAAAGGUAUUAUUCAUCCAUCCUUUUAACUGACUUAGUAGUUAUUGAAUUGUGUUUUAUUUUUUAGAUAUUAACUGCACGUAGAAAAUUAAGAAACCUGCACAAUGCUUCAAUGUUAAAAUAAGGUUCUUCUUAUACCAUUUCCACCUCACAGUCUUUCUGUUGUCACUUCACCAAUAAUGGCCAAUGUAUCUUAAUGUAAAUUACUGAGGCACUUGAUUUUAUUUUGAAAGUUUUAUUUGGCUUAAACAAUUUAUGGUGAGCCCUUGGAUUGUGUCAAAAUAAGUGGUUGAAUGCUAUCGCACUAUGUUUUCAAGUUGUAUUUUUAUUUGAACAGUUGUAAAUGUAAACUGGGGUGUAGGCCUGUAUUGUGGUUAUGCCCGCACUUGCACAGAUGUGCAAACUGGAAACUAGUAAAUAAUUAAUAAAGGAUAUUCAAUGCAAAA